UGAGCAUAAUUCAACUAGCUAAUAAAUGGAAAAAAACCUUCCUAGAUAAACCUAUAGGCUUGCGCAUAUAAGUUAUCUCACCAGAGCUUUUAUAGUUUUGAAAAUACGAUUCAGUAUGUACAGGACAGUGCCCAAAAAACUCUGUGAAAAAGUCUUCAUUUUUUUAAAAAAAUUAUGACUAUUUAGCACAUGUUUACAAUAUUAUAGAGGAAUAGAAAAAAAAUCGUUUAUUUUUUCUUUUGAUUAGUGAUUUUUCUCUUUAUUCAACUGAAGAUGAUAAACUCUUUUCUUCUUUCUUUUUUUUUGUUGCAAGAAAUGGAUUGUGAUGACAUGUGUACUCUUUUAGAAAUGAAAAAUUAUUAAGAAAUUCUUAAGCAGAUGGAAAAAAAGAAAAACAAUUGUUAUAUAUUUCAAUACAUUUCGUUUACAGUAGCCCUAAGAAAAGAUAGAAUGGGGAACAAAUCGAAAGACAACAGGACAGAAAAAAGCUAAAAAUGAGCAAGAUGCUUUUAAGGCUUCUGAAAGAGCAAGAGUGCAAAGAUAUCAUAUCAUAAAAGAGGCAAAAUGAACAUAAUUCAGUUGCCAAAGAUCUUAUAAAGGAGUCACAGUUAUAACAAAAAGCAGUCAACAGGAAAGGCACUAAAAUAUGUUGCAAGAUUAUUAUCUAAUUCACCAAUGAAAAAAAUUGUCACUGCUAAAAUGGCAAAGGAAGUUGGGCUACAGGUUAAAGGAUUUCAAACCAAUAGUAAUAACAGAUUAAGUGAAGAACAUUGCGUCACCAUUAAGCAGUUUUUUCAAUAAGAUGCAGUUUCUUGGCAAGCACCAGGCUGGAAGGACCAAGUCAUUGUUCGUACAGUUGUGAAUGGAGAGACUCAAAAAAGAUUUUGCAAGAAAUAUAUAUGUUGAUAGCAUUAAAAGAGGCUAAUACACUUUUUAAAAAAGAGUAUACUGAAAUUUGUGUAUGUCUCCUAAAAUUCUGUGGCAGGAGACCUAUAUAUGUCUGUGUUUGUGAGUAUCAUACGGAUUUAUCAUCAAACUCAGGAAGGUUUUUCUACCCAAGUGAACCGUGAUGACAAAGACAAAACUGUAUGUAUCAUAGAUGUGACAAUUGUAGAAGUGUGAAAAACUGUUAGAAGUCUUCAAACCAGUUCCAGAAGUUUGAGAAAUUCUCACUAAAAUAUCAGCAGUGGCAAACACAAGAUAAACCUACUGAAAAAGUGACAAUAACUGUUAUUGUAAAUGAUAUCUUUGAAGACCUAAAAAAUCAACUGCCUACUUUUCUCAUUCACAAGUAUAUCAAACAGAAACAGCAGAAACAUUUCUGUUGUUCUACAAGUUGAUUUUUCUGAAAAUGGACCAAUUAUUUAGAGAGAUGAGAUUCAAACUGCUCGUUGCUCUCACCAGCAGGUUACUAUACUCACAGCAUAUGCAUUGAUUAACAAAGAAGUGAAGGGGAGCUUUGGAAUUAAUUCAGACAACUUGACUCACACCAAAGAAGCAGUGUACACAUUUAUAUCUUGCCUCUUCAAGAAAAUGUUGCACAGAUACAUAUCCAUCAGGGUAAUCAACAUAUACAGUGAUGGUGCAAGAUCCCUGUUUAAACAAAGAUACCUUUUCUAUAAUAUUUCUGAAUGGGAAAAUGAAUUUUCAGUUCAAAUGCUUUGGAAUUUUUUUGCAACCUCUUAUAACAAAGGUGCUGGAAACGAUAAAGCGAUCUGUAUGGAGGAACGUCUUAGCUAAUAAACAUUGCCCCUGUAGAUGCUCAAUCAUAUGCUGCAGUCGCUAUGGGAAGAUGCCAGAAUGUUACUGUGAUAUAUGUGAUAGCUGUUAUUGAGAAUGAGUUUUAAGUUAUGGCCAUGCACCGUUCUGGAAUAUCUUUUCUGAAGUGACCUACUCAGGACAAUAAAAUUUUCUAUCUGCACAAAAAUAUUGUAAAGAAACUUGAUUAACCAGUAUAGUCGGCACACAAGGACAGUUCUUAUUUCCAAACUUGUUAAAUUAUACAUUUUGCAAUCUAUUUACUUGUAAAAUUCACUUCCAUUAAAGUUAUAAGAUUUUCAAUUGACCAGUCAAUUACAUUGUACUUGUUUUUAUAUAUUCCGUUUUCCCAAUUUGCAACGGUACAUCCAUCACACAUAAGAAAUACAUCUUUCACCUCUUUUUUCAGCUAUAUAAUCCUAAUUCUCAAAAAUGAUUCCUAUUCUUCAAAAAUAGACCAUCCUGGUAUAAAAAAAAAAAAAAAAUCGUAACAUAAUGCUUAUAAACUUCAGGCUUUGUCAUAUUUGUUAUGGUGGUUGAUAUUUUUUAGAUUUUCUGAAUACAUCACAGCACUUUAGUCAUAAAUUGAAACAACAUGUGAAGCUUUAAUAAUUACUAUGUUUCUUUUGAACAUCUAUCCACUUUGUACUUAUCAGAGAAGGGUAGAACAUAUCCCAAGUUUAAGUUAGUUGUUCCCUACAGCUUUUUUAGUUGUCUGAUUGGUAAGUCUGUCACAAUAGAAUUGCCCUUUGGUGGUUUCCAAAUGUUCAUUACCAACUGAUUGAAAGCUAGUCCUGGUCAUUUUGAGUUUGAGGAAUUGGUCAAUGCUUUAGUGCCUUUUGUGGAUGGAUGAACCUUUUUAGCUGUUGCAAUAGGGCAUGGGUCAACUUCACAAGCUUCUGCGUUGGUACCUGUUAUAGAUAACUGAGCAUUUGUAGCUGUUGCAAUGGUGCAUAAACUGGCUACAUAAAGUUGCCUGGAGUUUUGGGAGGUCUGUGGAUAUUGUGAUGAGUUACCAAAGUUUCUUUUAUUCCUAAUCCAUAACUUUUAAUAUGUCCCUUUCGAUAAGCUAUAAAAAAUCACAAGGAUUAUUUCUUUCUUGAUUUAAAAUUUUACUAUUAAAUUAUUCGACUCAUUAGUUCUAUUUCCUAGCAGUUUAGGUCUUCCAUGUAUGGUCCCUUUUAAGUGCACCAAUGAAAACAUCUCUUGUUAAAACACUGUCUUUUAAUUGUAGAGUCAGAGCACAUUUUAGGGCGAAAAUCUGUACUUUUAGCACCUAGCUUACAACCUUUCGUACCCUUGUUUCCAUGCAAUAAAGGAUUUCGACAGCUAAUGGGUGAAAUCCAGUACAAGGUUUAGUACAAGGUUCUUUUCCAUUCUUCAAUAUCAUUCUGAUUACUACCUAAAAAGGGGUCAUCAUUCUUCUUGACAUCCUACUUUUUCCUGAAACUUAUAAUCAGGGACUGGAUAGUGAGUAUUUUUCAAUGUCCUAGUUGACUUUAGGUUUCAACUAAAUUUGGUUGUUUUGUUGCGCAUAAAUUUAAGAAAGUUAAUUCUUUCUCUAUUCAUGAGUAUUCCGUAUCCUUUUUGUAAUUUUUUGAGGAAGAAUCUUGAGGAAGAACAAUUUGAUUGUUUGCCUUCUUUCCAGAUUCCAAUCUUGAACCUCAGUUACAAUUAAUAAGAUAAAUUUGGCAAAUCACUGCAGAUUUUCAAGUACGUUCUAACAAGUGUAACAAUAGUGAACAUGGAAACCAGGUAAAUGUUGAGACAAGGGCUUAAUUUUAAUUUAUGAUAGUCAGGUUGAAGAUUAAUUUUAGAAAGGGUGACAGUUAAGUCAGCAUACCGAAAAAAACAAUCUCAGAAUGUAUCAAAAAAAUUUUGGUGGGAUCAACAUUUUGGCAGAAAAAAAUAAUUUACAGUGUGAUUUUAUUACUUUCAUAUUUAGAAAAUAUAUAUUGAUUUGUCAAGUGAAUGUCAAAAGUGAAUUGGUUUUCAAAAUGGUUGCUAAAGGUAAUAAAAAAAAAGGAAAAAAAUUAUCUAAGGCUGAAAAAGAAAAGCUAAAGAAGGAAGAAGCAGAACGCAAAGCUCAAGAAGAAGAGGAAGCAAGAAUCAAAGCUGAGGAAGAAGAUAGAAAGCGUGAAGAGAGAGAACGUCAGGAAAGAGAAGAAAGAAGACUUCUUGAGGAACAGGAAAGAGUCCGCCACCAAGCAGAAAUAGAUGAACUGAACACACAAUUAAAAGAAAAUAAACAGUACCUUGUAAAUUUGAGAAAAACAAUAGAGGAAAGAAAUAAGUGGAACCGCUACCUGCUUUGCAAUGGAAGACCAGAUCCUACAGAUAAAAAGGAUAUAAAUACUUUUAUUAGUUUAUGGAGAGAAAACAAUGAAGAUCUUGAACUGAAUAGGGUUUUAAAGAAGUCAGAAUUAGUUUUGGAGCUUCUAAAAGAGUUGAAAAACAAUAUUGAAAAUUUGUCCGUUCCCACUGAAUAUACUGAUGAUGGAGAAAAAGAUCAUGAACAAAGACCUGGUCAUACUAGUCUAGAAAGUUACAAAGAGUCCACGGCAAACCUUCAAUCUUUAAUGAGGGAAAAAAUAGACGCUGCAACUUUAACUGUUUUGAUAUCACCACAUGGAAAAAUUGAUGUUGACACGUUAAAUAUAUUUGAUGAUGCGAAAAGUGCACACAUCAAGUUGUGUCUGUGGGGAAAUGCUGCUAAAAACCCAAGAAUAAAGCAAGUUGAAUUCAAAGACAGACCUUUUACGAUGGAAUUGCCCAAACAAAUAGCAUUGGCUGAUAUUGCUGUUCGUGUCUUGUAUAUAAACUUUGAUUUUCUUUCACCACGUUGCAGUACCUAUGCAUUGAAAAUCAAGAAGAGCAAAAAGAAGGAAAUUGGGAACAUACAAAUAAUUGAAAACAUUGAUCAGGCUACCUCUGUAGAUAAAAUCGAUGAUGGCGAUGGUAAAGAAGAAAACCAAAAAACAACUUCUUCAUUAGCUCCCUCGACAAAAAAUUUACUUGGUGUGAAAGAAAGCAUACGCAGUGAGAGCAGGACUAGUAUCUCAGCUAGCACAACGAGUGCAAGAAGAGAGACAGAUGAACCACCUGUUGAAGACCAAGAUGCGAUAAAAUGUUUGAAGCCUACGGAUUCGUUAGAUGAAGAAGACUAUAUUGAAGAGGAUGUGAUAGAUUUAAGAUCGUUUUCUCCAAUCGGAAGUUUGAUCAUGAUUGAAUUGAUACAACUUCCUCCGCAAGCAAAAGAGGUGAAUGACUGGGUAAUACAAAAAGUGCAUAGCAAAACCUUACAAAGAAUACCAUAUGGAAACAACGACCAACAGAAUUCUUCUUCGUCACUGCACCAUUCCUCUGUGAGUGCGAUCCCCGACAAAAUUGACAUAACACCGUCUAUUGGAUAUAAAUUACCCAUUGCUAUUUCAGUUCGUGUGGAUGAUAAUGUUGUUUUUCACGAACCACCACAAAUAGCAAGAUGGGAUGAGACGUCCCAACAUUGGAGAACUAGUGGAAUUACUGAUUUCAGAUAUGAAACCGAUGAAAGAAUGGUGUUUUUUAGAACUGCUUUUUUUGGUUCAUUUGCUCUGAUGCAGGAUAUCUAUCUCAACAUGCCAUUUCAAUCGUGGCAACUUCGACCUACUUCAUUAAAUGAGUGCGUUUUAAAUAUUAUUGGCGGUGAAACGGAAGUUGACAUUGUAAUCAAGGAGGGAUUGUGCUGUGUUACGUUUCCAACAGAAAUGCAACAGCUGAAGUAUUUAACUAAAAAAUGGAUGGCUCCGAAAGAACUUUUAAAAAUGUUGCGUUCAUCCGGCGUAAAUCUUUUUCCUUACGAAGAUGGCGAAAAAUACGUAAGCGUAUGUAAAAAGGUAGAGGGACUUGUUGGACCCCUUCAUGAACAAAUGGCUCUAUCUGCGUCUGCUUUCUCGUAUGCAUGGAGUAAAUGGAACAGUGACAUUGGUGAAGAGAAGGUGGUAGUGCAGGCUACUGAAUGGGUGCAGACGUCACCACCUGACGAGGACUCUUAUCAUUUAUACAUGGCUUCCACCAGAAUCUGUUGCAAGCUUAAAACUGUCGAGUUUUGUGAAGACUUUUCUACUGAUGUCUAUCCUGAAUCACAGAUGCAUCCAGAUUUAUAUCACAUGCUACGCGAUGGUGCAAGUGAUAAAGCUAAAGAAAGAUUACGAGAUACAUCUGUUGUUUUUAUUGACUGUGUACAUCAGUUACUAGAUGCUACCAAGCUGUUUGUUUAUUCGUGAACAAUGAAUCAUGGAGGUGUUUUUAGUUUUGUAUACCAAUUUUAAACACGUGGAUCUUUUUCUGGAAGAUUUACACUCAACUGAUUUGCUACCCGUUAUUUGCGAAACUUUUCAAUUAGAACUUCUUUGUUUUUGCUUGUUUCACAGUCCAGCGUAUAUAAUUACUUACCAUAAAUGACCAUUUAAUAGCCCUGUAUGUUAUUCGUAGGCGUUUUUUUGAAAGGGUCGUUAUUUAAAUGAUCAUUUUUUAAAUGAAAAAGGUACAACUAACCAAAGGACUAAAAAAAGCGCCAAAGAAGAUUCCACUGGAAGAAGUUAAUUUAAGAACAUUUUACUUUACAUAUUGCUGCUAUAAUUAACGAAAGAUUGUAAAAUUUCAACAAUUUACUUUCUGAGAUGACCGUAAGAGUUAUUUUGUGAUAUGAACGGUUAAUAUAAGUUUUAGUCUACAUAGCCUAAUAUAUUCUGUUUGACUUGUAUAUUUUUAUCCAAGAAUAUUUAUUUAGAAUGUGUC